AAUAUCUCUACAGUGUUAAAUAAUUCUCUCAUUACAUAUAUCCAAUAUGGAACCUAUUACACUUAUAAUACACUUCACAGGGUUGAUUUCUUUGCCACACCGCACUCUGUCAAUCAAAGAAGUCUAGAGCUGUGUAUGAUAUCUCUCUCAGUUAAUCAAACAGUGUGUUCUUAAAGGUUUCGGGUUUAUUUCUAAUGCCAUUUCCAUGACACCAUGCACAGAAAGAGAGAGAGCAUCUCAGGAUAAAACAGAGGAAGAUACUGUCCAGGAGCCAUUUUCUUUCUCAUAGCUGCAGCACACUUGAUGCUAAUGAGGAAGUGGCGACACACAAGGGAGUCUGGUAGAAACAACAGCUUCACAAUAGGAAAGUCGUCCGUGUAUGGCAGACUAGCAGUGCAGAAACAUUGCACACCAUGGAUGCCAUCGGCGUCUUAAACACCAACCCGCUGGACGACUACGAGCUGAUCCACCGCAUCGGGAGUGGUACCUACGGAGAUGUUUUCAAGGCACGUAACAUUAAGACAUCGAUCAUCGCAGCCAUCAAAGUAGUCAAACUGGAUCCUGGAGAUGACAUUUCAAGCAUUCAGCAGGAGAUCACUAUGAUGAAGGACUGCAUGCACAAAAAUAUUGUGGCCUACUUUGGCAGCUACCUCAGAAACAACAAAUUGUGGAUCUGCAUGGAGUUCUGCGGAGGAGGGUCAUUGCAAGACAUCUACCAUGUGACUGGACCCCUGAAAGAGAGACAGAUAGCAUAUGUAUGCAGAGAAACACUACAGGGACUACAUUAUUUACAUAUGAUGGGGAAAAUGCACAGAGAUAUCAAAGGAGCCAACAUUCUUCUAACCGAGAGAGGAGAUGUCAAACUAGCGGAUUUUGGAGUAGCGGCGGAGAUAAAUGCGUCAGUUGUGAAGAGAAAGUCUUUUAUUGGUACCCCAUACUGGAUGGCUCCAGAAGUGGCAGCUGUAGAGAGGAAAGGUGGCUAUAACCAGCUGUGUGACAUCUGGGCAGUGGGCAUAACAGCCAUAGAACUAGCAGAACUUCAGCCACCAAUGUUUGAUCUCCACCCAAUGAGAGCUUUAAUGCUGAUGUCCAAAAGCAGCUUCCAGUCACCCAAACUGAAGGACAAGACCAAAUGGUCUAGAGAAUUCCACUAUUUCAUCAAGAUGGCACUUACCAAAAGUCCUCGGAAGAGGCCAACAGCUGAGAAACUGCUGCAGCAUGCUUUCAUUACCCAACUGUUGACACGUAAUUUGGUCAUAGAGUUGCUGGACACUGCCAACAACCCUGAUCUUCAGCAAACUCAGACUAUGGAUGACAGUGAUCUUGAGACAUGCAGGGUUUUUCCUGAUAAGAUUACAUCAUUAGCGAAACACCUGCCUGUCAGAAAAAGAAUUUCUGAAGAGCAGCUUGGCCUUGAAAAGUUUGGACCAUCCUUGCAGAAAGACACCGACCCUUGCCCGGAUUCAGUGGGACCCUAUGAUGAUUGGAGCUCUAUUGGGGAUGAGGAGGAAUCUCUAGGUUUACUGGAGUGUGUUGAGGAAGCUUUGCUUGAGAGGAGCUUAACUAUGAAGAGAGCACCCUCGGCUGAGGACUCGCCAACAGAAGAGGACAAAUACGCCACGGUGAAGAGGGUGGUUCCACAACCAGCUAAAAUUCAUUCCCCUGCAAAUCAAGAUAAAACUGCCUCCACCCUCUCUCCAAGUUCUUCCCCUCUCAUUGGCUCAACACCCCACACAGAUGCUAACCCCUGCCUUGUUAAUGAGUCAGCGUUACUGGUUGGCUCAACAGUCUCUGACCUUUCCCUCCUCACAAACAUCUCCCUCAUAAAUGACUCCACCAGUCUGGGCUCCCCAUGCAUGACUCCAACCAAUGAUUUAAUAACGGGAAGCUCCACUGCUAUUGAGCGAGGAGGGAACAGAGGUCACUCUCCUCCCCGGCAGCCACUCUCACCUGAAUGGAGCACGCUUAGAAGAAAAACAGAAGACUCUAAAGAUGAUGUUCACGGACUGCCACCUACACCUCAAGUGCAUAUGGGGGCCUGUUUCUCCAAGGUAUUUAAUGGCUGUCCCUUGAAGAUUCACUGUGCUGGUACUUGGGUUUUACCAAAGACCAGAGAUCAACAUCUAAUCCUAGGUGCAGAGGAGGGCAUUUACACUCUGAACCUCAACGAGCUCCAUGAAGACACUAUGGAGAAGUUGCUCCCACAGAGAUGCAGCUGGCUAUAUAUCAUGAACAAUGUGCUAAUGUCUGUCUCAGGAAAGUCCUCACAGCUGACCUCCCACAGUCUGCCUGCACUCUUUGAAUACCGUGAAAACAUGCAACGGCGCCAAGGUCACCUUUCGAUCAAUGCUCACCGCUUGAGUUCAAGAAUCAGCUUGAGGAAGUAUGCCAUGUCUGUGAAGAUCCCAGACACUAAGGGCUGUAGAAGGUGUAGCGUAGUACGGAACCCGUAUACGGACAGCGUGUUCUUGUGUGCUGCAGUGCCCAGUGGUCUGGUUCUCCUCCUGUGGUAUGAGCCUAUGCAGAAGUUCAUGCAACUCAAACACAUACCUCUAAAUCUGCCUGAGUCUUUGCCAAUCUUUGAGCUUCUGGUGCAGGAGAGCGAGGAACUUCCACAAGUGUGUGUGGGGGUGCACUCUGGAAAUCACGGCUCUGGAAAAGCCGUGGAUCAUCUACGAUUCAAUAUCAUCCCUCUUGACGAUGCACCUAGGGUACAUCCAGAUGGUGAGAGUCUCGAACUGAAACAAAUAACCCAACUGGAUAGAGACACAGUCCUCAUAGCUCUGGAAGACACUGUGAAAACUGUAAAUCUCCAGGGCUGCUCCAGCAAAGGCUUGGUUUCAGAACUCACCUUUGACUUCUCCAUUGAGACACUUGUGUGCUUGCAGGAUAGCGUUCUUGCCUUUUGGAAGCACGGACUUAAGGGAAAGAGCUUACAAAGCGGCGAGGUAGUGCAGGAGAUCACGGACGAGAGUCGCGUCUUCCACGUGCUUUGUACAAAUAAGGACAUCAUCUUACAAAGCACUCCCACGCACGAUCCUUCUGCCAUGUGCAACCUGUAUAUCCUUACAGGCCACGAGAGCAGCUAUUAAUGCAACUCAGGAACCUUUCAUUUAAACUACAGUUAUGAAGGCACUUCUGUCCUCUACAACAAAUAAAAGGGGAGUCCUCAGAUCCCAUAGGCGAGAGACGGAGAGCGCCGGCAUAAAUUGUGCCAGUGUGAGAAGUCCAACAGAUAGAAGGCAAGAAGAAGAGGAACGAAAGGGAGGGUUGAGCUCCCCACGGGCUGUGACACAACAGCAAAUCAACAGAGAGAUAAGAAGAUGAACUACAGUUAAAGACAACAAAGGACCAAAUUAAGCAAAACGACAAGGGUUUGUUUGGACUGUACUGUGGGUACAUGGUUUGGUAAUUUUAAUGUAGCAGACUGUUAGCAACAACUCGUAUGACGUUUAAACAGUUAUGGUAGCAAACAGCAAUGCUUGUCCUGUUCUCUGUUUUACUGAUGGUUGUACUACAGCAAAUCUUGACUGGUGUUGAUAGUGUGGUACUUUUGUAGAAUUUGGUGUUCGAUUUGUAGGCAGAUAAGCACAAACGAGUUGACUCGUGUGAUCAUCCGAUCAGAGAAAUAUAGUUGUUGAUUCUUCAUCUGACUAAUGAAUGUCCGUUGCACUGUGAAACUUACGAUGUAGAAAUCAACAGAGAGAGAGAGAGAGAGUAUUAAAACAUAUAACACUGUCUUGGAUCAUAUUAGUAUCUAUGUAAUACUAAUGCCUCCCAAUUAGUACAGGAAUUUUAUCAUCCUAUACUAAGAACACCAGCCUGGAAAUACACAACCAUAAGAUCAAGCAGCGUAAUCGUAAGAUACUAAAAAAAUACUAAAAUGCAUUCGCUAGAGGUACAUAAAAGAACAAAAACAAAAUUUCAUGUAUGUGGUGAAUAUCAUAACUGUUACAUCAUCAGGACAAUCUUCUUACCACAUUUCAUCAGUAUUCGUCAAAUCGCAGAAGUAAAAAUCAUCACGUGACCAAGACGUGGGUAUGAAUGGUACAUCCAGAAUCAAGUACAACAUUGUUAUUAAUUCGAAGUCAUGAAAUCUUAACGUGUGGGAUAUAAGCUAUUAUCACGCUUGUAAUUAGAUCGUUUGGGUUGUUGGAUUAAUUAAAUAAUGCCAUGAUUUUGUCA